GCCGCCAGGGGCCGGGACAGAACUACCGAUCCCGGCGUGCCCUGCUGGCGACCCGGCACCGUGACCCGCCGCGGGCCGAGGGAGCGGCUCCGGCAGGAAGGCGGCGGAGGGGCCCGGUCACCCAGCCGCGGCCAUGAGCUCGGGCAGAGAGUCCCAGGGCCACCACGGCCUCAAGCGAGCGGCCUCCCCCGAUGGCUCCAGCAGCUGGGAGGCGGCGGACCUGGGCAACGAGGAGCGGAAGCAGAAGUUCCUGCGGCUGAUGGGCGCUGGCAAGAAAGAACAUACUGGCCGCCUUGUUAUCGGAGACCACAGAUCAACCUCUCACUUCAGGACAGGGGAAGAAGACAAGAAAAUGAAUGAAGAAUUGGAGUCUCAGUACCAACAAAGCAUGGACAGCACGAUGUCUGGACGAAACCGGCGCCAUUGUGGACUUGGUUUCAGUGAGUUUCAGGAAAGUGAAGAACAAGAAGAGGCAGCUGGACACUCCUCUGAAGAGAGCUCCGAGAACUCUGAAAGUGGCUCUGAGUCAGAGCAAGAGGAGUCUGCAGAGGAGCUACAAGCUGCUGAAAAACAUGAUGAAGCUGAGGUUCCAGAGAACAAAAAAGAAGCAAAAAGCAACUAUAAAAUGAUGUUUGUUAAAGCCAGUGGUUCAUAACUGCAGAUGUAACAGCUUUGUAUUUAAAGUACAGUAAGCCUUAUUGUUACAGUGCAAAGUGGAGGACUGCUACAGCACAGAUCUUUGUAUUAUGAUUUUAAAAAGACCCCAUUAGAUGACAAAAAGUAGUAUUUGCUUUCCAUUGCCAUGGAUAACAUUUUUAUGGGCGCAGUGAUAUUACUGGUUUUUGUAAAGUGUAUAAAAUACUGGAUGGAGAAAUAAAAUUUUUUGUUGUUGCCC